AUGUCUACUGAUAAACAGUGCUAAAAAUUAUUUCUAACAUCCAUGCUGAAGAAAAUUUUAACACUGACUCGGAACAGUUAAACAAAAACGUUCAGAGUUCCAAACUAAGCUAUAAUCAAAGAUAUCAGUUUUACGGAUCGCAAUUGUAUGAUGCGAUUGAAGUAAACAAUCAGAGUCUGAGCGAAUUAAGCCACUUAUGGAUAAAUGGAUUGAUUUCAAAUUUUACCUACAUAUCAGCUUUAAACAAGUUCUCAGGUAGAGUAUUUGGUGAUCCAAAUUGUCACUACGUUUUUCCUUGGGUCUCCGAUUUUUCUUCUGCUUGUGGAAAAAAUUGGAGAGAUCUGAAAAAAUCGAAAUACAGACUAAAUAAAGGUGAUCACCAACUAGACUUGACAUACGAUAACAGUCAAUCUCAGGUACCUCAUCACGUUUCUGAUGUACUAUCUCCAAUUACAUACUAUGUAUAUAUGGCGAGAAAAACUCCGAAAUCCGUUUUAUGUAAAAACGUUAGAACUAUUUGGGUUCCUGCUGAGUAUCCUAGUUCCAUACAAAGAAUUCAAGAAUGGACUCCAGACGAGUGUAUUCCUGAAUUUUACUCAGAUCCCGGUGUUUUUAGAAGCAUUCAUGAUGAUUUAGAUGAUUUAGCUGUACCUACAUGGGCUUCGGAUCCAGAAGAGUUUGUCGAAAUUCAUAGAAAAGUUUUAGAAAGUCCUAAUGUUUCUGAAAAAUUGCAUCAUUGGAUCGAUCUGACUUUCGGAUAUAAAUUGAAUGGAAAUGCUGCGAUCAGAGCUCGAAAUGUGUGUCUUAAUUUGGUCGAUGAACAUGAAAAUUUAACUAAAUCUGGGUUGGUUCAAUUAUUUUCGCAAUCACACCCCGCCAGAGCUUUAGAUUCUCCGUACUUCGCCAAAAUUCCACCAAAAAUAUUCAUUAGCAAAUAUAUUAAACCAAGGUCUAGAGGACGUAGUAAUUCAUCAAUGGCUGCUCAAGAUCCCAAUACUAGUGACGACGAUAGAAUAACUCACGAUCUUUCGUCUAAACUAUUAUCUCGUAGCAGAUCUUCGUUACACGAAGAUCAAACCUCUAGAGCCCAUAGUACCCAACGCUACGAAGGUUUAAGUUCCUCCAAUAGAAAUAACGAAGUCUCAAUUAGCAACAACCAAUCGGAGAAUAUUUAUUUACCGAAAGAUUAUAAACCGGAAUUUUUACUCGAUACUUUAGAGAAAAAAAGUAAUUUUAUCUCAAAAAAUUUUUAUCAAAACUACAAAGAUUGCUUAGAAAACUUUUCCAAACAAGAAUAUCAUAAUAGUUCGAUCCAAAACGCUUUUACCAAUAUAAUUUUUAGUGAAAAUUAUGAACAGAGAUAUGAUCAACACAAUUUUCAUGUACAGAAAAAUAUUAGAAGUACUAACAAUGUUUUAAGUCGUAAUUAUAAGGAUGUAAUAUCUUCUAGAAGAGUUAAGGAGUUGAAAGUGUUGGGUUGUCUUAUAGUCGAGAUUUUUAUGGCUAAAUAUCUACGCCCAGUUGGAUCAACUAAUAUUAAAGUCGGUUUAGAAGACAGGAUAAAAUAUUGUAAAUCAAUUUUAAAUAGUUACGAUAUACCACAAUGUAUAAGUUAUAUAGUUAAUUUACUUCUUCAACCUGAAAAUGAAGAAUAUUCAGCUGUUACUGAUAUGGGUUUACCAUCACCCAGUGCUCAUUUACUAUUGGAACCACUAAUGCAUUGCACAAUACCAUUUUCUAAACAUUUUCCUCAACUGUACGAAUUAAUUCAUAAUUUGAAGGAUUUUAAAAAUGUCACUGUUGAAUUAAAUAUUCUCUACCAUUUCGAUUGUAACGGACAAAUGUGUUCCGAAUACGAGAAUAUAGAAAAAACAAAGAUAGUAUUUGCUCAAAACAUUGCUGAAUGUAAAGUGAAAAUGUGCGCUAAACAGUUAGAAGUUUUAUUCUUCGAUAUAAAUACAGAUACUGAUAAUGAAAUAGUUAAUAUAAUCUUAAAUCAUAUUAAAGAUUUGAUUGAAGAUCCACCUACUUCUGUUUUAACAGCUUGGUACUUAUUCGAACCCAUCUCUAGAGUACUGGGACCAAAGAAGGCAUCCAAACAUCUUUUAGAACCCAUUUUAAAAUUAUACGAAAACGAGAGCUUAGAUACGAAUCUACCGUUUCUGAAUAAAAUAGCGAAACUUUACCACCACAGUUUUUUGUUAUGCUUAAUAGCGAGAUUGGGUUUAAAAGUAUUUUUAGAAAAUUUCGUGGUACCACUAGUAGAAGCCGUUGGCGGUUAUAAAGAUUACGAAUUAGUGGAUUUCGUGCUACACAAUCACUCUGAACGAGUAGUAAAAAGAAGUUCGCAUUUAAGAACGAUAGAAUCCGAGCAAAUGGAUAUAUCUAACGAAUCGGCUUGCAGUGAUAGAAAUAAAAUUCUCUUAGACGACAAUUACGUGAUAGCCGAAGAAAUAUGUGAAGCAGAUGAAGAAAAGAAUAACGAAGAUCAGAUGAAAUUUUUGAUGGAUCAUUUGGAUUUGAAUGAAAGUUCCGAACAGACCGCCAUAGACGAUUCGUUGGAUGUUAAUUUGGAGAACACGGAAAAGUGUAGCGGCGAUUUUAUUUUUCAUUUUGAAGAUGAAAAUGUUGAAUCUGAAGGUGUUUUGAAAUCGCCUUCGAUUGCAAUACCUCAAAGUCGACACAAAGCAGUAUCGAACAUCACCUGCGAGGUCGGAAGCAAAAAAAGCGAAAGCGAAUUGACGGAGGAUUCAAUUCCGACACCUAAUAUACAAUACGAUCUUAAUAAAUCCAAAUCGAGUACGAAAAUUUCGGACAUGAGUUCCGAAAGCUUAUUAUGGCUGUCGCAUCGUUUGGGGCCUCUGUUGACGGCGAAAUAUCUGUCGAGAAAUUUACUGAAAAUGUUGGCUCUGUGUUAUAUCGGAAAAGAGAACAUAUCUUUUGUGCCAAAUUUCACGGCGAACUGUAAAAAUAUUUCCAUUACUUCGCAUUCGGUGAAGGGCGAUCAUAAUUGCGUGAAGGUUUUAGAAUGCCUUACGUGCAUCUCAGGUCUCUACGGGGAACAAAUAAUAAUAUUUCAAUACAUUCCUUAUAUGACUGAAUUAAUUCUUCUUUGUAAAAAAAGGAUCACUCCGAAUUUAGAAGGAGGUCUAAUAUCAUGUUUGACUCUGUUAAAAAACAUCAUUCCAUAUCUUUCCGAUUCCAUGCUGAUGAAUCAGUUGCAGGAUGUUAUAUUAAAAGAUAUCAUUCAUCCGAUCAUAAGAUUGCUGAAUUCUACAAAUCACGUUUUUCCUAGUGGCAGUAUGGCGAGAAAUACAUUGGCACGCAAAUAUCUAGACAUACUGUACAUUCUAUCCAUAAGAAUAGGUGUAGAUAUGACUAAAAAAUAUCUGUUGGUGCCGGCUAUACAAAGAUUUUUCCAAAUAUUCGAUAAAGUGUAUGACAAUUCGAGCGAAGAAGGUUUAGUGAAUAAGGUAUUUCAAAUGGGUACACCACACGGAGGUACUUCUGACCUCCAUUUAGAACUACAUGAAAAUAGAAAAGCUUCUCUGAAAUAUUCAGAAUCAUACGGCAAUUUCCAAUUUUCAGAAGAAAGUAUUGAAUCUAGAGCAUUGAUUGAAUUACAAGAAGUAUUUUCUAGAGAACUCGCACAUAUGGCCUAUCUACCUUUCGUAAAACUUCUUGGCGUCAACUCUUUGGAAACUGCUUUGAAUAAUUACGAAACUAUUUGUAAACUUUGUCAAGAAUACGAAGAAGAAAUUAAGUUGUGCUCAAAUAAGCAAGUUCCUUCUUUAAAACUGGCGGAUUUUUGCGUAAAUCCACCUAUUAUCAAUUCUUCUAGUAUAGGUAGUAAUAUAGCGGUAAUCGGAAAUAGAAUAGAACUCCAGUCUGCGAACCAAGAUAACAUUAAUAUGGAUCUACUAAGUCUAGUUAGUAAUAGAAUAGAAAAUUCUAGCAGACAUCUACGAGGAAAUUGGUUGGCAUACUGGGAACACGAAAUAGGUCGAUCUGAAAAAGAUAUCCAAUUGAAUUUCAAGCAAAUUAAACUUCAAACAUUCGUCGGUCACACGCAAAGCGUGAAAUGCUUGCAAAUUUUAGAUAAUGAAAAUAGUUUUAUGUCCGGUAGCCGAGAUAAAACAGUUAAAUUGUGGUCUAUGCGUAGCCAAGGGGAUGGAUUCAGCACUUCUAACUGUCAAUGGACUUACAGUGCACAUAAGAAGUCAAUUUUGUCUAUAACAUUUUUGGAAAGUUUACGAUUAGUCGCGUCGUGCGAUGGAAUAGUUCAUAUAUGGGAUCCGUUUAUGGGCGCUAACGUGGGUAAUAUGGAAUCUACAAAGUUCGCUCCGGUAAACACUUUAAAAAGUAUGCCAGCUCCUUCUACCUUAGUAUUCGCCGCUACUACAGAUGGUACACUCAAAGUACUCGAUACAAGAAUACUAAGCUAUAUCCAAGAAUUAAAAAUAAGCAAUAACCCUCCGAGUUUAAUCCGAUGUUUGGCUACAGCACCCUCUGGAAAUUGGAUAGCGGCUGGGCAGUCGUCUGGAAACAUAAUAGUAUUGGAUACCAGGACCGGACUGAUAAUAUCUAAUUGGCGUGCUCACGAAAGUGAAGUUCUGCAAUUGGAGGUUUACGAUAAAGAAACUUUGGUUUCUAGUAGUCUGGAUCAAACUACCAGCGUUUGGAAUAUUUUGGAUGGAAAACUGAAGUUUCAUAUGAGGGGAACUACAGAACCAGUCCAUUGCUUAAGUAUACACAAUAACGAGUUAAUAUCUGGCACGACGGGAAACCGGAUUGGCGUUCACACAUCCAUAACGCCUGAUGCCUGUUUUUCAAACAACAAAUUACGCGGUGACUCUUUUAGAGGCCUGCUUACGUCGAUGGACUACAUGCCUCUGAAUAGAUUGUUACUCUUGGGAGCUGAUACUGGAAACAUUAAUUUAUUAUGUUGAUAUUUUAAAUUUAUUUAUGACAUUAUUUUAUGUAUGUUAAAUAUAUUUUAGAAAUGGUA